AUGGCACCAAUUAUUCCAUCAUCUGCUAAUUCAAGACCUGAAGCUUCGAUCUCACCAAUUACUUCACCACAAUUACCACAGCUACGAUCACGAGACCAUCACUUUAUCCAUGCAAUAGUAAAACACAACGAAUUGCAAAACGACACACUAAUGCAAGCGCUACGAGAAGCCGUAGAAGCAUGUUGUAACACUUCAGACCCAGAAAUACUGCCGAAACUAAUGUAUACCGUAAUGACAACCAUCGAACAAAAUUUACAUAAUCAUGAUUCACCAUUGUACGGAAGUCAAAGUGCGGAAUUACAUGAACAUUUUGGGAAUUGGCGUGCCCCACUGGAUGCACGUGUCGACAUUAAUGUAAAGAUUAGAUCCAUCACUGCUUCUGAAAAUUUACUAAGAGAAGAUAACAACCAAUCGAAACCAAUCAAUAUUUUGUCGAAUUGUGAGGGGGCUUUUAGGUAA